AUGUCAUCUAGCGGUGAUCGCAGAUUCGUCUUUGGUUCAACCACGAGUCCACAAUCCAGUGGCUUUGGUGGGUUUGGCACCAGUACGCCUAGCGCAGGCAAGUAUAUGUACCUCUUCUCACCUUUCGCCGCGAGGAUGUUCGAGUCCGAGUCCUUUGUCUUAUCCAUUUGGACGUUAAAUGGCUCUGAACUUGAAGCUGUAUCCAUUUAUGUCUCGUCGACACGUCUUCAACCGACCACCCAACCCCCAGCCCAAUUUGGAUCCAGUUUCUCGACCACAACCCCUAGUCUGUUUGGCAAUAUUGGCGGUAGCACUGGCGGACUAGCGUCACCUUCAGCAAGCGGAUUCGGAGCUCCUUCAACAAGCGGAUUUGGAACUCCUUCGGCCAGCGGAUUUGGGACUGCUUCGACAAGCGGAUUCGGGACUAUAUCAGCACCGCUAUUCAAGCAAGAUGUCUCAGGAACAUCCGGGACUUUGGGCACUCCAGGCGCCUUUGGGUUUGGAAAGGCUUUGAAAGCCCCAACAAUCCCCAUGUCCAAUGGCACCGCUAUUCCUUCUUUUACUCCAACUGUACAGAGAGACGACGUAGGUUCAAACUGCAGGUAUCAGAGCAUCAGUUUCAUGCCUCCAUAUUCCAACUUCUCCUUCGAGGAACUCAGGUUAGCAGACUACAAUGCUGGACGUCGGUAUGCUACGCCCGCAACAUCUCUAGGAGGCUUUGGCUCGAAUCUUUUCAGAGGAUUUGGUACGGGCGUCGGCACAGGCUUUGCUGCCCCAGCUACAACAACGUCCGCGACCUCUCUCUUUGGUACUACCGGUGCUACCUCCGCAGGUUUCUCUUCGAAACCUAGUUUGUUUGGCACUCCUCAGAGCACUACCAGCCCUUUUGGCACCACAAGCCCUUUUGGCACCACAAGCCCUUUUGGCACUACAAGCCCUUUUGGCACUACAAGCUUCCCCAGUUCGCCGUCUCCCUUUAAAGGUCUCACAACUACAGCAACAACUUCAGGCCAGGGUUUGUUUGGAAGCACCGCUACAUCAAGUGCACCUGGCUUUGGCAGUGCGGGUGCCCAACAGCGAGUGUUUCAGCCUUUCGGCGGUGGAAUGGGAGGACUCGGGGCGUCAGCAACCCAGAUUCAACCUUCUGUUGGUGCCUUUGGAGGUGUGACCACAGGUAGCACGGGUACACCAUUUCAAUUUCCCGCAAGUUCCAGUACCUCUCUCUUUGGAAAGCCUGCCUUCGGGGGAACUCAAGGAACAAGCGGGCCUUCUGGAGGAGGUAUCUUUGGCGGUGUUGGAACCAGUGCGAGCGGUCUCCCUCCUGUAGGGAAUGCACCAUCCUAUCCUCAACAACCAUCGGGCGGGUCCUUUGGAACAUCUCCCUGGGGUGUUUCUAGCCAAUCAACUGCAACUGCGCCCGGUUCAUUCUUACCAGUUGUGACUCAAAGUACAGUUCAGCAACCAUUUGGUGCCACGAAACUGUUCGGCGGACUUGGUGGUACUUCGCAAAUCAGUCAACCAGCUGCUCAGCCGAUGCCCGACUUCAAGGUGUCGUCGCUAAACGACCCUAAUCCUUACGGUCAAUCGUCGCUGUGGACAGGACUGCAUUUGAAGCCGUCGGACAGGUUCGAGCCGCUCUUUACUCCCCUAGCUGCCAUUGAGAAGAUGAAAGAGAGUCAAUCGAAGCAACCCGCUGCCAAACCGCCUGCUAAGGCAUUCUACAUGACCCCUACCAGACAUGCCGGUCUAGGCGUUCGCCCAUUGGGCAAGACUAUCGAAAGCAAAGCUCUGCGACGUCGUUUUGCAGCUGAUGGUGAUACUGUCCUUCCUCUCAACUCAUUUGAUUCGUCCCGAAGACGAUGGUCUAGCGGCGACAUGCAGCGACUGACCAUAGACCCAAAUAUAAGACAAGAUCUGUUUCGUCGUCAGUCUUUGUCACCGGAGCCUCUGUCUCAGGUGGAAAAAACGGCCGCUUCUGUUAACUCUGAGAUCGAUUCAGAGAAAGAAAAGCCGCUGACGGAACAAAUGGGUCCCAGGGAAGAAAUCAAAUCCACUGGAGAUUCGACCGAGCAACGACCCUACAAGUCAAAAAGCGAAACCAAAUCUGGAAUCGGCACUGGAUCAGACACAUCAGGCGCCCGUGCUUUGGGGGGAGAAUUUGAAUUUAUUUCAGAAACUGGAGAUAGUUUGCCCGAUAUGGUCACCAAGGGUCGUGCAGCCGGUCAAUUAAUAGAAAAGAGAGUGGCCCCAGAACCUACACCUGACCUCCAUCCUGGGAAAUACUGGAUGAAGCCGAACCCAGACGAGCUUCACAAAAUGCCAGCUGACAAGCUUCAGCGGUUCACAGGAUUUGUCGUUGGUCGAAAAGGGUGUGGUCGAGUCACUUUCGACGGUCCUGUUGACCUUACCGCUUUACCAAUGGAUAACCUUUACGAUGAGAUUAUCAGAAUUCGACCGCGAUCAAUCACUGUAUACCCAGAUGAAAGUUCCAAGCCACCGCCUGGACAAGGCUUGAACGUCCCUGCGACUCUCUGCAUUGAAAAUUCCUGGCCUCGUGCCGAAGGCAAACCAUCAGCAGCAGCAGCAAUAAGUGGUCCCCACGUCGAAACCCAUAUCAACAGGCUCAAGGAAAUGAAGGGUACCCAAUUCGUCGAUUAUGAGGUGCCUACAGGUACUUGGACGUUCAAGGUUCCCCACUUCACUGACUACUACGAUCCGGAUUUCGUUGAACGGAAUGAGUUGCUCUAA